UCAGCUGAUGUGGAUUCAAGGCAUCGAGGAAUUUCUAGUUGUCCUUUCACUAUCCUGACAUUUCCAGGCUUCGGGACAAUGAUACAGGAAAGCUGGACUGAGGGCUCCUCUGGCACUCUGGGAGGUUUUGGUUAUGGACACAAGGGCAAAUCCAUUGGAGAAGGCAGUGGCAACAAUGGAAUAGUCACCAGCAAUCCCAUGAUGGUUCAACAGCUGGGACCUCUUUCAUCUUCACCGAAUCAGCCUUCAACACCAUGCAGCCAGAUCAGCCCUAGCUUACACAGGUCUAUGGAUGCUUCCAGCCUGAGUGCUUCUCCAUCAGAUACAAGGUCACUCUUGUCAUGUGAGACUCUGGCCUCUACAACAUUAGGCUUGUCAGAAGGUCACUCUGCUCUGAGUGCUGAACAAGAGUGGUCACAUAGGUACAGGACACUUUCUUCCGUUCCUCCUGACCAUGGUUUACAAAAUGGCAGUGAGCUGGGGGACUUAAUAAAUUUUUCACCUGAAACAUCUACAUCCAGUGACUCAUUACCAUCCUACUUAUAUGGCAUGGAAAAUAAGAAUUCCCCUUACUCUAGUCCUUGCCAGUCCUCAGUCUGGUGUCAAUCAGCCCACUCCAAAAAGAGAGCACUCUCUGUAUCUCCUCUCUCUGACGGCAUUGGGAUUGAAUUCAAUACAAUAAUUCGUACAUCCCCAACUUCUCUGGUGGCCUACAUCAACAGCUCCAGGGCAUCGCCAGCAAACGUCUCCCCACAGCCUGAGGUCUAUGGACAUUUUUUGGGAGUGAGAGGAAGCUGUAUACCACAAAACUGCUCUGUUUCAACUGCCCAGAAAGGCUUCCACAUGGCGAAUGGCAGUGUCACUUUUCCAGGGUAUGUUGAGAACGGGACAGGUGAGUACCAGCGGAUGCAGCAGCUGGAGCAAGCCAGCUUGCAGAUGGUUGCCACAAAUAACAUGGUGAUUCAGCAGGGUGUGCUGCCCAUGGACAGCCAAGCAAUGGACGUCCUGAAAAACGUACAGCUGGGUGACUUCUCGGGCCCUAUUGUUGACAUGCCUCUUUCAGCCCCGGUGCUGCCACCGCCUCCUCCACAAGGGCCACCCCCGCCAUACCAUGCUUACCAGCGCCAGCACCCACACGGCCUCCCCAGCCACGUCCCCCCGGUGCAGGCGCUGCCUCCUGCCCCAGGCACCCUGCUGGAGGAAGAUGGAGAGCUGGAGGAUUUCAAUGGCAAGCAUGGCUGUUGCUGGGUUGACUGUGGGAAGCUGUAUGACCAUCAGGAGGAGCUUGUGCGGCACAUAGAGAAGAUCCACAUAGACCAGAGGAACGGAGAGGACUUCACCUGCUUCUGGGCAGGAUGCCCUCGAAGGUUCAAGCCAUUUAAUGCCCGUUACAAACUGCUGAUUCAUAUGAGAGUCCACUCAGGAGAGAAGCCGAACAAAUGCACAUUUGAGGGUUGCAAGAAAGCCUUUUCUAGACUAGAAAAUCUCAAGAUUCACUUAAGGACCCAUACGGGUGAAAAGCCUUACCUUUGCCAGCACCCUGGCUGCCAGAAGGCGUUCAGCAACUCCAGUGACCGCGCCAAGCACCAGAGGACACACUUGGACCCUAAACCUUAUACAUGUGAGAUUCCAGGAUGUACUAAGCGAUACACAGAUCCAAGUUCCCUGAGAAAACAUGUGAAAGCCCAUUCUUCCAAAGAUCAACAAGUCAGGAAAAAGUUGAGAUCAAGCUCAGAGAUUGGCCAGGACAUCCUGAAUGACUGCCUUGCAAUCCAGCCCCUCCAGCCAGCCCUGUCACCACAGGAUGCUGUAGAUAAUACCAUGGGACACUCCCCAGGGUCUGCUUGUGAUAUUUACCCAGCACCUGUGAUCCCCAGCACACAGAUAAAUCAAAGUGGAACAGCAGCUGGGGCAGUGUCCUUGUCCCACCCCAGCAGCCACUCUUCCCCAGGACAAAACAUACAGGGCAGUCCUCUGCAUCCUCCCCAGAUACCUCUUCUCACAGCUGCUGACUCAGAGAGGUUUGUUGCUCCAGCUCCUUCUCAUCACAUCAACCCCCAGAGAAUGUCCAUUCAACAUCCCAUGAUGCAGAGACAGACUUCACAACCUCCUCAGCUUCCACAACUUGCAGGGAUGCCUCUGAAGACAUACCAACCAGCAGAAAGCCCUUCUUUUCAGCCAAAUGCCCUUCACAUCCAGGGUUUUUAUGGGCAGCUUCAGACUUUCUGCCCUCCCCAUUAUGCUGACACUCAGAAGGACAUACAAGACAGUGUUUCUUGCAAUAUGGUUCCUCCUGUUGACUGCUCAGCUCUCACAUCAGCAGGCCAGGGAGGGCUUGGCAUUUUCCACGGAAGUUUUUCAGAUCAUUCUGGUAUCAAAGUGUAUGACUUUCCAGUAGGGUCUGUAGGUAUCUUUGGUGAUUCAGCAUGCAGCAUGCCAGAGGACAGCAGUUUCCUGCAAGUGAAUGCAGUGGAUCAUUGUUCCAGCCAGCUUUCUUCUGUAUACACUGAAGGCUAA